AUGAUGAAGUUCUCCUCAACUAUACUAGAAGCCCUCAACCAUCAUGCAACAGAGACUCCUGAUAAGGUUGUCUUUACCUGGGUAGACAACACAUGUCAGGAACAGAACAAGAUGACAUUCAAGCAGCUUGAAGAUGCAUCCAAUGCGGUGGCUGCUCGUCUCCGGAAGCUGGGAUGCAAAAAGGGAGAUCGAGUCAUGGUGUCUUAUCCCUUUGGGCUUGAGUUCUUGGCAGGAAUGUUUGGUGCCAUGAAGAUUGGGGUCAUCCCCUGCUCCAUCUAUCCACCCAAUCCGAACCAGCUCAAAACAGAAAUGCCCAAAUUCCGUGGAUUUGCAGAGGAUGCCGGAGCCAAGUAUGCCCUCUCCACCAAUACAUUUGCCACUGCCAUGGCUGCAGCCAGUGUCCUCUACAAAACAGGUGUCACAUGGAUCGGAACAGACAAACUGUCAAUCAAGAAACCCAACCCAAACAAACCCAAGGGUUUUGAGAAAUUUGUGGGAGAACCCGAAGAACUCUGCUUUAUACAAUACACAUCUGGAAGCACUGGUCGGCCCAAAGGAGUCAUGAUCACUCACAACAAUCUUGUGGAGACCUGUAGGGCUGGUAUUUCCUUGACUGAUUUAAAUACUGCUUCUGUGGCAGCUCUUUGGGUCCCACAAUAUCAUGACAUGGGACUUACAGGAUUUAUGUCUUGCCUCUACACUGGAAGUCAACUGGUUGUGGCAUCACCACUGGACUUUAUUUCCAGACCACUGCUGUGGUCAGAUAUGGUGGAGACAUACAAAGCGACUCAUACAUCAGCACCCAACUUUGCAUAUGCGCUGCUCCUCAAGCGUUUAGAGCAAGCCAAUAGAAAAGCGGACUGGAGUUUCAUGAAGGCAGCGAUGUUUGGUGGUGAACCAGCACAAAGCCAUGUUGUGGAUGCAGUAGCAAAGACCCUCUCCAUCAAUCCUGAGCAUGUCUACAAUAUCUAUGGCAUGGCUGAAAUGGUGGUCUUUGUGACAGGGGGACCAGCCAAAGCAGACUCUGAUGAAGGGCUUAUGUGUUGUGGCAAAGUAGAUUCACCUACUCUCAUGCUUCGUAUUGUACAGGAUGGAAAAGAGGUUGUGGAUGGACAGGUUGGGAGCAUCUGGGCACAGUCACCUCGGGUGGCAGUUGGUUAUUAUGGCCAACCAGAGCUGACCAAAUCCACCUUUUCCAAUGCACUGCCUGGCUAUGAUGGUACCUGGCUUGACACUGGCGAUUUGGGAAAGAUUGUUGAUGGGCAGCUGUACAUCACAGGCAGAAUCAAAGAUGUCAUCAUCAUCAAUGGGAAGAACUACUACCCAACGGAUGUGGAGCUCUCUAUUGAUGAAGCUUUUGGUAGUGCCAUCCGUCCAGGAAGAACUAGUGCCUUCCAGCAUGGAGAUGCCAGUAUUGGAAUUACCAUGGAGGGCCGCAAAGGGUUUGACAAGUCUGCAAAUGAGGAUUUGGCGGUGGACAUUGCCAACCAUGUCUCCCAAGCGCAUGGGCUGUUUGCCUCAGAGGUUGUUGUCCUAAACUUGGGUGUGACACCCAAAACCACAUCUGGCAAGCUGAAGAGAAGUGAGAUCCGGCAGACAACUAUGGCUGGUGAUUGGAAGGUGUCUGAUGUGCUUCUGCGAUUCCAACGGCAGGCAAAGGCAUCACCUUUCCAGGCAAAUGUAUCACCUUCUGAGAAGGGCUCUUUCCUUGAGCACAGCUUUGCAAUGAAGGGAGUUACAAGCAGUGAGUUCUACUUGUCAGAACGAACUCAACGUGAAAUCCACAGACGAUCAAUGACUCUACCGUUUGGAUCUCUUGACAUUGGCAGUGAGCCCAAAUUUGAGCUUCAUGAUAUUGACCUUAGCCAGACUAGCGUCCGCCUCCCUACCAAAGCUGUCGAAGCUGUCCUUGCUGUAGAGUGCGACCCCAGCAAGUUGGAUGAGUAUUUCUCUGAGCUUCGUCUUUCUGGGGUCUCUGGCAUUGAUGAAGCUUGGUCCACAGUCACCAAGACGACAGCUGCAAUGCAAGCAAUGUGCUCCCAAAUCCUGAAGCAUCUUGAGGACAAGCACCCAACCAUCUGCCAGCUUGCUCACAGUCUUGUUGUGAAUCCAGACUGGAUCUUGAUUGAUGACAGGACAGGUUUCCUUUCUCAACUUGUGCAUCAAAUCUUUGUUCUGGAAUGGGUAACAACAUUUAUGAUGGAUCAUCCUGAGUGCAUGCAUCAGAAGCUGAAAAAUGAUGCAGCAUGGGAGGCUCAGGACCACAAUGAUCAGACAGUUCCAGUGGAGCUCCAAGAGAUACUGAACCUCCCAGAAAAAGACUCAAUGUAUGGGAAGUUGCCAUUCUUCCUUUGGAUCAAGCACAGAUCAGUUACUCCACUACUGAACAUUGUCAAUCAAAGUUUGGUAUCCGCUGAAGGCCCAACCAUUAAUGCACAGGUUGAAAGAAUCAAUAACCUCCUGUGUCUAAACAUGUUAGAGGCUAUUUGGGUUGAGCAAACAUAUGGACACAAGGAAAAUUCAGAACUCGGUAGGAGACUUGCUACAAAUCCUGUGAUGACAGCCACAACCCUAUCCAAGAAGGUUUUGAUGGAGCAUUCGUCCAAUACGAGCGCUUGGAAAGAUCUGUACAUUGACUGGGAUAUGCAUAUUGUGGCCUGGGUCGGAGACAGAAAUUCUUCCAGCUGGAUCCUGUCCAAAUUGCUGCUACCUAGCAUUGUGGGAGAUGUCAGUGGACAUUUCUUCCAUGCAAGGUUGAUUAGUCUGUACCUGGUUACACAGGCCACAGGCAGCAAGCUGAUGUCGAACAAGUUUCAGAAUGAACCUAUCCUGUCAAGAAGAGCACUGCACUAUUUUGGGAAGCUAAACCUUGCCUGUGCAGAGAAGUUUGGUUACAUCCCACUGGAACCAGAGAGCAAAAAUCAGCUUGCUCUUGAUGAAGAUUACUGGCUGUCCAAGUUUGACCAGUGGGUUGGCGUCACAGAGGCAACAGAUUUUAAAUCCUCAGAAGAUUUAAGGCGCAUUGAAUCCAAGGCUACAAAUUUGCCAAAUGAUUUCCACAGAGUGGUUUCCACAAUCCUUGGAGACCACUGGGACCCUCACAAAACUUGGACGGAGAACGGUCUUACAUCACUCAUGAGCGCUGAGCUGAAGAACAGAGUGGAGGAGGAGUUACAUGUGAUGCUUCCGGUGAACUUUGAGCAAGUCUAUGCAACCCCCGACUUGCUUGCAGAUUUCAUGGCCACAUCAGGGGGGGAGAGCUUUCCAAAGAGACUAGCGAUCAACCACCCUGAUUUCCAUUGGAACCUUGAAAGGUCCAGCUGUACCAAGCUACAGCUAGGCAUAAUUCAGAUUCUUGCUUUGGUGGCAAUAGUUAUCUUGGUCAUGGUUUCAAUUGUGCCUUCCUACUGGCUUGGAGCCUGGGCUAUUGAUUAUUGUGCCGACACUGAAGCUGAAGAAUGCAAUGGUUUGGUAUUUUGGAUUCUUCUUCCCAUUACCUUUCCUCUCUUUCUACUGUCAUUUUCAUUGAUUGUGGUUCUAUGUAAAACCAUCAUAAUUGGCAAGUAUAUUCCAAGGCAAUUUGGGCUCUUGACAUGGGAUUACAUUCAAUGGUGGUUUGUUGACCGAAUGAUGCACAUGUGGGAAGUGCUGGUUGGAAGAUACGUUCUUGAGACCAAGUUUGCUUGGACUUUUUAUUGGCUUCUGGGGGCUGAGCUUGCAUUUUCGACAAACAUUGAUGGGUUCAUGCGGGAAUUUGAUCUCAUCAAGAUUGGCAAAGAUGCCUCGCUCAAGCACCUCCUGCACUGCCGGAAAUUCCACCUUUCAAAUGGUGACACAGACAGCCCCAGCAUGACUUUUAGACCAAUCAUUAUUGGUAAGAACAGUACGAUCUCGGGGAUGGUCAGUCCAGGUGCAUCUAUUGGAGAUGGCUGUAAGGUUGAAAAGCUGACCUGUGUGGAAGAGGGAGCUAUGGUCCCUGAUGGUGUUGUUGCCAAAGGAGUACCAGCAUGUGAUGCUGGCAGCUACCAGCAUAAAGAGUCCAUCAGUUGGGAAGAAUCCAUUCUGGAUGCUAUCAAGAUUGCUUGGAUGUUCGUGGAAGCAUAUCAUUUCUUCGCUCUCUUUUUUCUGGUGAAUGGCUUCUUGAAUGCAAUCUUGCCAACUUGGCGUUAUGCCACCCUUCUACACUGGUUCCUCCUGAUUCCCACGACUUCACUGCUUGCUAUGACAACCAGUAUCAUCCUUAAAUGGCUCUUGAUUGGAAAGAGAGAUCCAUCACAAGCGUAUGGCGGCUCUCUGUGGCAAAGAGCUACCAACUGGGCAUGUGACUUCCAUUUCAAGCUUGCUUCAUGGCCCAUUUUCCCCUUCUUUGGAAAUUCUCGGCUGUGGAAUGUGCUCCUAUACCUACAUGGUCUUGAUGUUGACAUUGUGUCCAUGUUGACUAUUAACCCAUCCACCAUUUUCUACCCCUCCAAGGUUGACUUCCUGAAGGUUGAAAGGUCCUUUGUUGGUGGUGUAUCAGUGGACAUGGAAAGCGCCACGGACAGAUCCAGGAAGAUUGAAAUUAAGGACAGCAGCAUAGGCCACAAUGCCCACCUUGAUGCAGGUUGCACCAUUGUCAGGUCAACCAUCCCACCACGUUCACAGGUGUCUGGUGCGGUCUAUGAUUUGAACAAAAGCAACUGCGAAGGAAAGAACCGUGUCAAGACUGAGACAGGCCUAUCUAUGGUUCUACGUGAAGGAGCCCAAAUGAUUCUGAACCUAUUCAUCUUUGCCAGUUUGAUACCAGCUUAUGAGCUUGGGUCGGCAUCUGUUCGAAGCUCCAACAAAACUAUGGUGACAUUUGGAGUUGUUUUGGUCCCGUUCCUCCAGUUUUUUGUGUGGGUACUUCUCAGCAAGGGCGUCUACUUGAUCACCUUCCUUGAUGCCACCAAACCAAUUCUCCCCUUCCUUUUUGGUGCAUACCUGAAUCAUGCAUGGAUCUUUUCUACAUUGAACUGGAUGGUUUUUCUCAUUUAUGGGACACCUAUGUUUGGCUACUAUGCUCAAUUCAUGGGAUCUGAAGCUGAUGGUGACAUCUGGUACUUUGGAAACGCUCUCUAUGAGUAUGGUCAUUUGCAUUUCAAAGGAAAUGUUCUUGUGGACAAUGCUCACAUCACAGGCCAUUACAUUGAUGGAAAGGGAAUUACGAUUGCUGAAACAUUUGUCUCUGGAGUUGUGCACCCUGGUUGCUAUGCCCCAGCUGGGUCAGUGGUUUCUGCUGAAGAGAAUGGUCCUUGGAAGCUCUUCUAUGCUUUGGGCAAGCAAAACAAAUUGGAUGUUUGUCUCCAGCGCGAAACCUGUGACUUGAUUGAAACUGCCCGGGAUUGCUCGAUCAAUCAAAGCAAUCAUGAUGACUUCCCUUCAGAGUUCGAGGUGUAG